UCUACCCAGUCCCGACGCAGUGGACGGCUGUGCGUAACAUGCAUGUGUUACGCACAGCAGUGUCAGUGUAUGCGCACAGCCCUGGCUAAGUUAGUGUGUUGGGACUCCCUCCUUACCCACGCUACGCUCAGGAUAUCUUGUGCAGAAAGCUUCAAAGUGGAAGCCAGGUCAGACGAUCCGACCGUAAAGGCUGCAACAUGCGCCCGCCACUACGUGCUGCGUUUCAGCCCCUCAGCGCACCUGACACGUCGCCUGGCUCACUUUUAACACGCGCAAUUGUCUCGUUCCCUCUGUUUCGCACUCCACAUAAGGCUGGCAGCCAGGCUGAUCAUUGGGGACAAAACGAUGGCUGGCCGAUAACUGAGCCCGUCCCCGCGCACGGAGCAAUGGACUUCAGUUUUACUUGAAGAAGCAAAUGGAGAAUCCAGCAAAGUAUCUCUCGUCAGUGCAGGGUAUUGACUCUGCCCGGGCACCCCUCGGAGAGAUUAUGUGGAACAGUACUGAAACUGAGGCAAAAAGCGACGGGAGAAGGGAUAUGGUGGCACGCACAGUGACGGGCUGUCUGCUUUCUCUGCUUAUCCUAUGGACCCUGCUGGGGAACAUCUUGGUGUGUUCCGCGGUGCUGCGCUUUCGGCACCUACGGACCAAAGUCACCAACAUUUUCAUCGUGUCCCUAGCGCUGUCGGAUUUAUUCGUAGCCGUCCUGGUUAUGCCCUGGAAAGCUGUGGCAGAAGUAGCUGGCUAUUGGCCGUUUGGCACUUUCUGUAAUGUGUGGGUUGCUUUUGAUAUUAUGUGCUCCACCGCUUCCAUCCUUAACCUCUGCAUUAUCAGCGUGGAUAGAUACUGGGCCAUCUCCAGUCCCUUCCGCUACGAGAGGAAAAUGACCCAGCGAGUUGCCUUUGUUAUGAUUAGCAUCACUUGGACGUUGUCUGUGCUCAUUUCAUUCAUACCGGUCCAGCUAAACUGGCACAAAGCCAGCGGUGACGACAUGGUUGGGGCGCACAACUCUUCCAUAAGUAGGCAGGUAGAGGAAAACUGCGACUCCAGUCUGAGCAGAGAGUAUGCGAUAUCCUCCUCCUUGAUAAGUUUUUAUAUCCCAGUGGCAAUUAUGAUUGUAACAUAUACCAGGAUAUAUCGGAUUGCGCAAAUACAAAUUAGAAGAAUAGCCUCUCUGGAGAGAGCGGCAGAACAUGCGCAAAGUUGCAGGACCAACAGAAUAGAGUGCCAACACCACAACACACUGAAAACGUCGAUUAAACGUGAAACCAAAGUGUUCAAAACUCUGUCGGUGAUCAUGGGUGUCUUUGUGUGUUGCUGGCUACCUUUCUUCGUUUUAAACUGCAUGGUCCCGUUCUGCGACAGGCCGGCGGCAGACCGGGAUGCGGGUCUUCCGUGCGUAAGCGAGACGACCUUUGACGUCUUCGUGUGGUUCGGCUGGACCAACUCCUCCCUGAAUCCCAUCAUAUACGCCUUCAACGCUGAGUUCAGGAAGGCCUUCGCCAGCCUCUUGGGCUGCCGCUAUUUCUGCUCCAACACGCCAGUGGAAACUGUUAACAUCAGCAACGAGCUGGUGUCGUAUAACCAAGAUACCCUCAUCCACAAAGAAAUCGCGAACGCUUAUGUGAAUAUGAUCCCCAAUGUCGUUGAAUGUAUCGAGCAUGAGGAGACUUUCGACAGGAUUUCACAAUUUUCUCACAACCACGAAAACGCCACCGACUCGGUUUGUGACCUGGAGGACUGCGAGGCAGACAUCAGCCUUGACAGGAUGUCACCAUUCACACCCAAUGGAUUACACUGACUCCACACCUUGUCUCUCCCCGUGCGUAACUGGAUGUAUUGAUAAUAAUUUCAUUGUUCACUCAGCUCUUUGCCUCUUCACAGGAGGUUUCUGUGCAGCAGCCCUUGCUUCUGGGUUCAGGGCUGUCUUGGAACCCUCUAACGGACACUUAAGCAGGGGCAUGUCUCUGCAGCCACAAGGCCAACCUGACAUGAAAUGUGAUGUUGUCUUGUUGUCUGAAACAAAUUUGAUGUGUAGGUGUUUAUUUAAAUGACAAGUGAAGUCUGUGUUCCUUUGUUCAAGGUUCAGUGUUGCUAAAGCUGUUGUUUACUCAGAGGCUUUAAUGGCAUCAUCGUCUAAUGUCCAUCAUGACUGAGGGAAAGUGUUUGUAAAAACAAGACUCUUUGCUGCUUAAUAACUUCAUGUGUAUCCAGUGUUCGCCUUUCCACUGAGUAUGAAAACUGGGGGGAAGCCUUACAGACAGUGCAACCAAGACAGUCAAAUGCAGUUAUUUCAGAGCCUUAUAGCUUAUUCAAAUAACAGCUUUGAGACAUAAAAGGAAUGUGUCCUGUAGAAUUCAAGUUACACAAUGCCAAAAUGCAGUAUUAAAGCGUUUUGCCACUGCACCACCCCAGUGACUCUUCCAACAUGCCUGGAUGAUAGAAAUCACAUAAUCUAAUGCUAUAAAUACAAAAAAGGGGAAUCUGUGUGCAUUACUACUUUUUGUGAUCAUUUAUUUCUCAUUGAGGCCAAAACUACUGAAAUGCUUCUGCUUUAUGAGCCCGAUUCAACUCUGACUGAAAUAACUAAAAGGAGAAAGAUUGACCAAAGACUUCAAGGAGAGCAUUGAUAGACACAACAAGGGUGCAGUGUCAUGUCAGCUAGAGGAAAUGUUACUAUAGAAGCCUAAAUACAUGUGUGGCCAUUGGCCCAACACAACUGGAUGUCAUGCAUCACCUCUCCCACAUUUCUCUCUUAUCUUUGUACUGUACAGAUGACCUGAUCUGAAUGUAUACUACUGUCCUUUAAACAGUGAAGUGUGUCAUCAUUUGUCUAAUAAAAUGCUGUCAUGCAUCAGAGUGAGCUGGUAUCUUCGCGAACCCGAUAUUCAUGCUAACGGGAUUUCAGGUGGUUUCUGUGCAGCUUGGAGAAUUUUAUUUUAAGCAUAACAGGAAGUGAGUUCAUUCUUAUGCACAUCCACAUCUGACCUGUUCUUUUGACAUGUUUCUUCUUUUGGUAUUUUGCAUUCUUUGAACAUCUUAACAGCUGAGAUUGACAGGAAGUGUUGGCAGAGAAACAGCUAGUGAGGGGACAUGACAUGCACCAGAAGUGCACUCAAAAUGAAGAACGUUGUGGUUACUUGGUUGCAUGGUAUACAAGCUGCUGCCCCACCAAGACUUGAUUUGACCUGUCUUCCACAGGUUUGGCCAGCUGGUGUAUUUUCUAUUACACACGAAGAAAGGUUUGAAGUCACAGUUGUGUAGGUAAGGCAAUACAAAGAGCAGAACAUGGAAGCGAAGCAGCUCGUUUUUGUACUUACAAUUUAUUUUUCAGUAAAGCAAUAUUUUUAUUUAAUGUAGAAAUCAAUCAAUGUUUAGACAUCGUAAAUAACAUGAUAUCUGAAGCAAACGUUUGAAUUGCCAGAAACAUCUGUUAGUUUAGCCUUUUUUUCCAACAAAAGACAAAACCCACUAUGUGAAAAUCCCUUCAUGGUUUGAUCCCUGCAUUUGGCACAAGUAAACAGAAAAUGCUUCUUUUUGCCACAGUUAUCUAGACUGAUGCACUCCAACUCAAUCAUUCGUCUAAAAUUGACUUUUGGAUUCUGGAUACAUCAACCUCGGGUUCAAUGCUUUACUAGGCUUCAGGAUGAGUGACAAGUAUUGGCCAAAGGAAUAUGCGAAUAGGGAGGGAUUAACAAUGGAAUGACUGCCAGAGAGUACAUAAUGCAUAUCAUAGCUGUAUAAAUCAUCAACAAAAGAAAGUCUGAGGCAAUAAUUCAGAUUCCUCAGUCUUCUAUAAUAAAUCUGCAAUACCACAAGGAAGCUAUUUACCGCAACAUGUUAAUGUACAACAGAA